CAUGGCGUGAGGCGGACUACUUCGACGGCCUUCGCUUGCGAACCCGACGGUCAGCGUUCGAUUCAAGUGGCGGCGCGAUCGACCCCAUCGAUUGCUUUCGGGUCAAAUAGGCCGAAGCUUCGGCGCAGGGAAAGCCAAUAAAAAAAAUGGAAGAUGGAGACCUCUUCUAUGGUCGCGUCUGCUACUGCUACUUUGUUGUACUCCGUUGCCCGCAUCUGAGACACUUUGAGGGCGGCUAGAGAGACGAACGAUGACGGUGGAUCCACGUCGGAGCUAUUUGACACCGGUGGCGGCGGCGGAGAAGGCCGUCGCAGCGAUCGGAUGUGGGUACGAUCUAUGCUGCGACUCCUCCUUCUCCUACGUGAAGCCCGGCCUCGAUGGCUCCCGCUUGAUCGAGCUGGACCAAACCCUCGUUCAAGAUCUCGUUCUGCCGGGCGGUGUCGUCGUCCCUAAUGUUCCCAAGGCCAUCAAGUGCGAUAGAGGGGGGAGGAUGAGGUACCGGAGCGAUGUCCUCUCAUUUAACCAGAUGGCAGAGCAAUUCAACCAGGUUCUUUCUUCGCCGGGAAAAAUUCCCUCUGGUUUGUUCAAUUCCAUGUUUGGUUUCAGAGGGUGCUGGCAGAAGGACGCAUCAACCACCAAGAGUCUUGCCUUCGACGGCUGGUACAUAACACUAUACAGUGUCGAGCUUGUGAGCUCUCAUAUUGUGUUGCUCGAUAGAAUUAAGCAGGAAGUUCCUUCCUCAUGGGAUCCUGCUGCGCUGGCUGAGUUUAUUCAAAAAUAUGGCACACACAUAAUUGUUGGUUUGUCAGUGGGCGGUAAAGAUGUGAUCUACCUGAAGCAGCAGAAGGAUUCGCUUCUUCAGGAAAGUGAGGUGCAAAGUUUGCUAAAGAAAUUAGUAGACGAGAGAUUUUCAGAAACAUCAAAAGGAGAUAAUAUCUUGGUUAAUGAUGAAUCUUCUAGAAAGAUGAAGGUCAAUAACUUUGAGAAGCACUAUAUGCAGACAUCGGUGUCUGUUCAAUCAACUAUGGUAUCACAGACAAAGAAUGGUGAUAUUACAAGUAAUUUUGUACGAAGAGGAGGAAUUGACAAAGGGCAAAGCCACAACCAAUGGCUUGUAACUAUACCACAAGCCCCGAAUUUGGUGACAUUGUUUUUAGUGCCUAUAACUUCUCUGUUAAAUGGUGUUAAAGGAAGUGGGUUUCUAAGUCAUGCGGUGAAUCUUUAUUGCCGAUAUAAACCACCGAUUGAAGAACUGUGCUAUUUUCUGGAAUUCCAAAUACCUCGUCAAUGGGCUCCAGCAUUUGGUGAACUCCCUCUUGGUCCGCAACGAAAAAAACAGAGUUUACAGUGGCUCCAGUUUACACUGAUGGGUCCCAGGCUAUAUGUCAACAACAUUCAGGUUGAUUCUCAGAAAUGUCCUGUGACGGGUAUUCGAUUGUACCUUGAAGGCAAGAGGAACGACCGCUUAGCAAUUCAUCUUCAGCAUCUCUCUACACAACCAAACACAAUCAAUCUCUCUGAUGCCACUGUUUGUGCUGGAGACGACAGCUCGUCGAACCAACGUGCCUAUUUUGAACCCGUUAAGUGGGCACUGUUCUCACACAUCUGCACGGCUCCAGUGCAAUACAACGUGACUUCCUUUGGCGAUUCUGCUCACAUAGUGACCAAGGCUUGGCUGGAAGUAAAAGAGUUUGGCAUGAGGAAGGUGCUUUUUCUCCGGCUCGCAUUCUCCAACGUCCCUUCGAUGAAAAUUCGGCGGUCGGAGUGGGAUGCACCGACUACUAUCUCUCAAAAGUCAGGCUCCAUCUCAGCCUUGAUCAGCUCGCGCUUCAGCACAGGUUUGAUACCGGAACCGAAGGGCAAGGUGGAAGUGAAUUCUGCAAUCUAUCCAAAAGGCCCACCGAUGCCUAUCCGAAUGCCAAGGAUGGCACGGUACGUGGACAUUACUGAGGUGUCGAGAGGCCCGGAUGAUCUGCCAGGGUAUUGGGUCGUCACUGGUGCUAAGUUAUGCGUAGAAGGUGGAAAGAUUUUUCUUCAGGUUAAAUAUUCCUUGUUGAUAGAAAUGCUAGAGGAUGAUUUUUUGAGCUGAUGAAAUUUAAUGGGAACAAGUAAAUUUGCUCUUCCAAAAUAUUUGAUGUACUUGAGACGUGGGUAUUCAUUUUUGAAUCUAUUACUUAUUGGGUGUAUCAUUGUAUUACUAA